AUGGUGAGAACAUCCUCCAAGAAGAUCCCAAUUGUGAUACUAAGCGAUGAAGAAGACGUUUACACUGAAGCUUCCACACCCUCAAAACAUACACCUCCUUUAGCCUCUAAGUUGCACAGAAAUGGCAAGUCCAUUGAUUCAGUUUCAGCUCAAUCCAAGAGAAGGUUGUGCAUGUGUUCAGAACCUGAUGGGGACAUGAGGUUCAUAUCAGAACCAGAUAUAGAGGACUAUGGCUAUUUUCUGAGGAAGAAGAAGCCUAAAGCAGAUAACAACACGUUACUCCACCUGUUUAGGAGCAAGAGAGGCUUGUUUGUCACGGAUGUCGCCAAAACUGAAUGGUGUGAAAGGCAAACGGAAUUUUCUCUUUUCUCUGAAGAAUGGAAGAGCAACGAAGGAAAGCGCGUGGGUUUUGGAGGAGGAAGGAGGAACAACGAAGCUAUAAAAGCUGGUAGAAAUCGACAUGUUCAACUUCAACAAGAGGUUCAAACUUUGGUGGAACUGAAGGUAAAGUCACGUGAAGAUGACAUGGCAAUGAAGCUUGUUAACUUCAUAAAUGGGGUGAAUCAAUUGGUGUUUGAUGGGUUAACACGCGAGCUUCCAAUACUGAGUUUUGCUUUUGCACAAGGCAUAUGGAUGGUGGGGCAGAUUGAUGAGGUUCAAAUGCCUAGAGCAAAGAAAGAUCAUAAUCCAAUACUAGUUGAGAUAAAGACUCGUUUCCAAGACACAGUUCCUUUAGAAGCACAGAAAAGAAACGGAAGGAUUCAAUUAAUGUGUUACAAGUAUUUGUGGAACAAUAUAGUUGCACAUGCUCAUCAUGAUUUCCCAUGUAAACAGUUGUAUGAUUAUUUUGAGUUGAAUCCUCGUCGUACUCUAAGUAAAGAUCUACAAGCAGCAUGUGAUGAGUCUGGAUUCACAGCACGGAGCCUUGGUGAUGUGGUGAGGUAUUACCAGAAUACAUGCAAGAUGCUGGCACCUGCCAGUGAUAUGUUAGUGUUGAGAUAUGAGUCUCAGAGGGACCAUUCAGUGUUGUAUGAAGAAAAGGUUGCAUAUGAUGAGGGUUGGGUAAAGAGUGAAAUAGAAAGUUGUCUUGAGUUGUGGCUUGGACGGAGAGAAGCCAGUUUUGUGGCUGAGGAUGAGCAAUGGAAGUGUGGUUACUGUGACUUUGUUUCUGAGUGUGAAGGAUACACUGAUACUGAUACUGUGAGCACACAAUCUCUUGCAAGUGAGUAG